AACAAAAGAUCCUUUUGUUUUUUGUUUUUUCAUGUCUCAUAUCACUGAAGAGGGCAACAUCUUCAGACAAUGCAGCUCAUAGAAAGACUACCUAAAACCCCCAAUGUCUCUCUUCUCACUCAAAACGCAUCUCAAAUUUCUUCACCCAAUGCGAAAAAGAUCCCUCUUUUAGUUCACAACGAUUUCGAGUUUCACAUUAGGCAUCAAUGUAAAUCAGGUAAAAUCAACCUCAACGAUGCUUUGGGUUACUUUGACAAGUUAAUAAAGGUUAAGCCCUUUCCGUCUACUGAUACUUUUAAUCAUGUAUUGGGUUCUGUUUUAAAGCUUAGUCGUGACUCUAAUGUGAUAUCAUUGUAUAGGAAGUUGAAUUAUGAGGGAAUUAAGCCAAAUUUAUGUACUUUGAACAUUUUGUUGAGUUCUUAUUAUCAUUUGAGGCGUAUGGACUUUGGGUUUUGUGUUUUGGGUGAUAUCUUUAGGAGGGGUUUUGAGCCUGAUUACGCUACUCUUGGGAGAUUGUUGAAAGGUUUGUGUGUCGAAGGGAAGGGUUUCGAAGCAGUUCAAGUGUUUGCUAAAAUGCGUGAAAGAGGGUUUCAAGGUGAUGUUUUUACAUAUGGGAUCCUUAUUUAUGGCCUCUGUAGUAUCGGUGAAUCUUGUCCUGCUCUUAAUUUGUUUAGGAAGAUGGCUAAGAGGAAUUGUGAGGGGUAUUUGCGUAUAUAUGGUACAACCAUUGGAUCACUUUACAAAGAUAAGUUGGUUGAUGAGGGACUCAAUUUAUUCUUUGAAAUGGUUUCCAAAGGGAUCACUCCUGAUGUUGUUGUUUAUAGUUCUUUGGUUAGUGGAUUGUGUAGUUUAGGUAGGUUAAAGGAAGCUGUGAAAUUUUUCGAUGAAAUGAUUGGUCGAGGGAUCGCUGCCGAUUUGGUCAUGUACAACCUGUUAAUUCAUGGUUUUAGUCGAGAGGGAAUGUGGAAAGAAGCCAUAAGAAUUUUCGAUAGGAUGGUCGGAGAAGGAAUAUCUCCGGACGAAAUAACUUUCACAACCUUGAUUAGUUGUUUGUGCAAAAAGGGGAUGGUGGUAAAAGCUCAUGAAAUGUUUGCAUUCAUGAGGCAAAAAGAGAUGAAGCCAACCUUGUUUACUUAUAAUUCACUCAUGGAUGGAUUAUGUAGGGCAGGUCAGUUAGAUGAGGCAGCUAAGCUUUUCAGGUCAAUACCGGAUCAAGGUUACGAGGUCAAUGUUAUAAGCUACAAUAUUAUGAUUAAUGGCUAUUGCAAGAGUCAGAAGAUCGAUGAAGGUUUCCAGCUUUUUCGGGACAUGCAGUUUCAGGGUUGUAAACCGAAUGCUAGAACCUACAACACACUUAUACAAGCACUUUGCCGAGUAGGGAGGGUGAGGACGGCAAAAAAGAUGUUCGAUGAGAUGUAUGUUUGUGGUAGUCAAUCUCCGACAUCAUUCACAUAUACUAUAAUGCUGGAUGGACUCUGCAAAAAUGGUCAUGUCGAUGAAGCAAUAGCUCUUUUUCGUUCCCUCGAAGGUACCAAAUAUGAAUCAAGCAUUGAGCUAUACAGUAUACUUAUUUAUGGAAUGUGCAGAACAGGAAGAAUGGAAGAAGCAAGGAAUAUGUUCAAUGAAAUGUCACGAAAAGGGUUUGUCCCCGACGUUGUAACAUAUAACAUAUUGAUCGAUGGUCUUUGCAAGAAAGGGAUGAUACUCGAGGCCAAUAAAUUGAUCGUAGAAAUGGAAGAAAAAGGUUGCUUACCUAAUUCCAUUUCCUUUAACAUCAUCAUUCAAGGUUUUCUUCGAGAAAAUAACAUCCCCGAAGCCAUGAAUCUUCUCAAAGAAAUGCGUAGGAGGAAUUUCGCACCAAAUGAAGCUGUCACUUCAUUGUUACUAAACCUUGCUGUGGAGGAUUCGCAAUGUCGUGCGACCCUAGAGUCACUUCCAGUUCCGGAUGCUCUUAAACCGGAAAAUUUUCUGGGUAAAAGUCUGUAGAAUGUAAAGCCAAAGCGAUCCUCAAGGUUAAUAAUCAAGAUGUGCCAGCCCUAUAACAUCUGUACAACUGGCUACCUUCUUGAAACAAUUAGAAGGAUGGGAGUUUGACCGGUUUAUGUGUGUAUUAUUUACCGAUUUAAAGUUUGGAAAUAUAAAUGGUAAUAAGAAUUAUAUAAGAAGACAUACUUAUCUUAUAGUAUUAAUUUUGCAGUUUUGUCCAA